AUGCUUAGAUCUACAAUUAAGAAACAACAAAGUCUUGCCACCAGGAUACCGGUAACCACCACUGUACGUGCAUUCCAUGCAUCAAGUGUGAACCUCAAUGACAAACCCCCAUCGACAAACUCCCCACUCAAGGUAUUCUUUGACACUUUCAAGCAGGAAGUGAAGAAAUCGUCCGAGUUGAAGGAAAACAUAAAGGCGUUGCAGGAUGAGUCAGGAAGAGUGGCAGAGUCCGAAGCGUUCAAGAGAGCUAAAGAAGCAUACGCUAGAGCGCAAAAGGGUAAAAGUGCAGCAGGUGUGGCGGUUAAAAAGACGGCGGAUGUAGUAGGUGGUGCAGCCUACAAGGCAUGGGAGUCACCAGUGGGGAAAGGUGUGAGAACUACCGUCAAGGUCAGUGCUGACGCUGCCGAUAAGGCUUUUGAUCCUGUUAGAAAGACGCAAAUAUACAAGGAUGUUUCCGAGGUAAUUGACGAUGGUUCGUCGAACAUGUAUGGUGGAUUUUUAUCCAAAGAGCAAAGACAAGCUUUGAGAGAGAAGGAAUUGGCUAGGAAGUUGAAGGAAGGAUACAAGGGUCCCGUUAAGGAGAAUGAAGAGGCAGGAGGAGAGUUGGUUGCAACGGAAAUCAAAUCGUCAGGACCAUCGACUAGUGAAAAAUGGGAAGACUUUAAACAGAAAUCGCCCAUUGGUAAAGCUAUUGUGAUACUUAAGGAGAAAUGGGAGGAGUCAGAAAAUGGGCUAAUCAGUCUAAUACGUACAAUCAUUGAAAAGGUUACCGGAUUCUUUGCAGAGACUGAACAGGCCAAAACCAUCAAACAAUUGAAAUAUAUGGAUCCCUCAUUCAAGUUGACUGAUUUCCAAAAGACAUUGAAUGAUUACAUUGUUCCAGAAGUUGUUGAUGCUUACAUCAAGAACGAUUCAAAGGUGUUGAAAGAAUGGUUUAGUGAAGCUCCCUAUAAUGUAUGGGAAGCUAACAAUAAGCAAUUCAUUCAACAAGGUUUAUUUUCAGACAGCAGGAUCUUGGAUAUCAGAGGUGUCGACAUCGUCACAUGUAAGAGCUUGCAGCCAAAUGAUAUUCCUGUGAUUGUUGUCAGUUGUAGAGCACAAGAGAUCCAUUUGUACAGGAAAGCCAAGACCGGUGAAAUUGCAGCCGGUACCGAAGAUCAAAUUCAAUUAAGUACCUAUGCCAUGGUCUUGACGAGAAUCCCUGAAGAAUUUGACAACAAGACUACUGAAGGAUGGAAGAUUGUUGAGUUUGCCCGUGGUGGUUCAAGACCUUUCCAUUGA